CACCCUUAUAAUGACACUGUAUACUAGUCCGAUUAAUUUGCAUAUUACAAUAAUAGUUUCGCCUAUCUUCAAACGGGCUGCGAUUAUAGUUGAAGGCAGGACUCAAACAAAGGCAGAUGAAUUGACAGAACUAGCAAAAUGUAGCUUAUACCUAAAAUAACUAAAGUUCAAUCAAUCGGCACGCUAAGAACAUUGUGGGAAGUUUUCCGGAAAAUUAGUUAGUUUCGGGGUUGCCACUGAUCGAGGCUCUAGUCAAAAAAUGUUUGUUCACGGGAUCAAGCCAGGGUCUAGCGAUGAAGAAGAAGAGGAAGAUGUUAUGGAUAUUUUACAGAAAAGACGAGAAGAAUGCGAGCGGAAAGCAAGAAGGGGGGAGAUGGACCCCCGUCUGGAGUUCACCUUCCAGCUUUUGAUAGACGGCACCGGAUUACCAAGACACGCCAUCAUGGACCACGUGUUCGAAGGAAAUAUGCUGGAUGACAUCAAUCAGUUGUUUCUUCCGCACAUGAGGAAUAAACUUCUGUGGUAUUACCAAGAUGUAGAAGAAAUCGAACAACGACCAGUGCCGGAGAACACUAAGUCACGCCAACAAGGGAAACAGCCCCCGCCUCAAGUAACUUGGAAAAGGAAAUUAUUCCUGUCCGACGGCUGGGAUGUAAAGUUUACUGGAGUGUGCAUUUAUAUGUUCCGUAUUAAUGUCAGCAAACAGUUACCUGAGGAGGGUUUCCAUAAAGAUUUAUUCUGCGGAAUUCUUAAUGCUGAAAAAGUGGGAAUGGUAACAGCUAUAGAACGUGUAAUGGAGCACGUGUACAUGAGUGCCUUAGCUCAUCCUAGUAGUGAUGGUGACGAGGACGAAACAAGAUUUCCCAUCGUUAAAAAUCAACUACUGCCGGGACUAAGAUCUUUUUGUAGCGCCCUCAAAGUGUGUGAAGACGUGUGCAAUCAAGUGAAUCUUUUUGAAGACGGUCUAGCGCUCAUGGCACCUAUCCAAGACCAUACACAGUUGAAGGACAUGGCGAAAAAUCCAAACACCAUUACUAUGUUGGAGGAACGCGUUACUGAAUGGAUAAAAAAAGUCAUGGAGAUAUUGAGUGAAAGUGAGCAACUGCGCAGAGAAGUUGAUUCGAGCGGACCGCAAGACGAAUUGGAAUAUUGGAAGAAGAGAGGGGCGCAGUUCUCUCAGCUUGUAUCAUAUUUGCAGGAAAACGAAGUACAAUUGACCCUUUCAUGCCUGCAACUUGCCAAUUCCAAAGUGAUCAAACAGUGGCGAGAUACUGAUCACAAAAUAACUUUCUGUUAUAACGAGGCCAAAGACAAUGCUAAGUUCGUUCAAGCCAUGGAAAAGUGCUGUCACUCCCUGUAUUUGGACGAUCCCGUCAAAAUUAAGGACUCCAUACUGAGUUUACUGCAGACCGUGAGAUUGAUACACAGCGUGUCUCAGUUCUACAACACGUCCGAGAGAAUAUCUUCGUUAAUGGUGAAAAUUACAAAUCAGAUGAUCGAAACCUGCAAACAAUACAUAACGUGCCGGUUCAAGGACACGAUAUGGUCGCAAGAGCGUUCCCUUGUACGGGAUAAGCUAAUACACUGUAUCAAUUUGAACAGAACCUACCGAGAAACAUAUAUCUUUGUUAAGAAUCAACCUUUCUUGCCUAAUACCGAGCAGUUCAGCUUCUCGGAGAAUUACGUGUUCGGAAAAUUCGACACGUUCUGUAAGCGUCUCAAUAAAAUUAUCGCAAUGUUCGAUCUAACGGACGACUAUAAUUAUCUGUUUGAGAAGAGAAUGGAGGGAUUGUUGCUGGGUGAAGACCUUGAAGAAGCCGUACAUACUUUCGAAGAAGCAAAGAAAGCUGUUACCACAUGCCAAUAUGAUUACCUUGAUUACCGCAAUAAUGAGUUUGACAAAGACUAUCACGCAUUUGAAGAUAAGAUAAACGCUUUAAAAGAAUCUAUUGGAUGUACUAUUGAGGAGAAUUUUUCUAGCGUUUGGGAAACACCGCAAGGGAUAAAAUUCUUAACUAGAUUCGAAAAGGUGAGCCAAAAGAUUCAAAUAACGAAACUUAGUGAGAAGUACGAUCGUGUUUUAAAAUACAGCGAAAAGGAAGUUGACAAAAUUAUGAAAAUGUUCAAGAGACAGAAGGACGACCCGCCUCUACCAAGGAACUAUUCUCCUGUGGCUGGGCGUAUCAAAUGGUCUAGAUGCCUAAUGCAAAACAUGAUCGAGAUUGUGGAAAGCGUCUGUGCUCAUCCUGUCUUAAGAGGAUUACCCGCAUCCGCCGAUAUGAUGCGGAAAUAUACUAACACUCGAACGUUAAUGAACAACUAUGAAGAUAUGAUGAAAGCUGUUUGGAUGAACCAGAAUCUAUGGGACGUAGACGAGAGUCUGAACAACUCCUUGUUGAAGAUUGAUGAAACCGGAUGUGUGGCCGUGAACUUGGACAAAAAUAUCAAAUUGUUGAUCCGCGAAUCGGAUUGCCUCGUGAAAAUGGGCGUUCCGCUACCAAUCGUCUGUCACUCUUUGUACGCUAAAAAAUAUUAUUUUACCCUCGUCAACGACUCCUUGCAGUUUCUGCUUGAAGAUUAUUUACGUACGGUCCGCCGUGUAAAACUAGAGGUUCGUCCUCUAUUUCUGCCUCAAGUCGUACGCCUGUCCUCUCUUCUACUGCCCGGACUACGCAGCGUGUGCUGGACCAGCGAGGGCUGGAAAGAGUUCAUCGACCGCGCCAACGCAGCCAUCAAGAGCUUCGAUGUUCUAGUGACGAGAGUACACGAUAUUUACACUAACAGAAUUAUUUACAUGUUGUCCGGCAUGCAAGAGGUUACCCUGAUUACAUUGCCGGAAGAAACACCAUGGUCCGUUCAAGAAUUCGUAGAGAAGGUCGAGUCUGGCUGUCGUAACGCUUGCGUUGAGCUAAAUCGUAAGAGUCUGAUGGUUGAAGAGGCUGUGGAAGAAGUAUUGGAUCUCGUAAAGAAGGCAGCCCAACAGAUAAGACCGACAGAGAUCAAUCCAGAUUUUGAAUUUCUCAUAGCUGAAGACGAUCCCCAGAGCAGCGGCGCGGCGUCGUCCACGAAUGAGUCUACGUCUAGUGGACAACAAGACUGGUCCGCUGUUUGGGAGUGCUUCGAAAGUCCUCAUCGUCUACUGUCGACACCGGCCGGAGGUCUUUCCAAAAGCAUGCAGGAAAUGGUGAAGAAUGCAGUGAAUGAAAUGCGUCGUUACUACAGUCGCAAGGUGGUCGACGUGCUCAUCAGGGUCAAGAGGAGAACUCUCGACGUCAUCAUCAAGCAGUUCUCCUCCGACGCGCUUGCAACGGACGACGGUGCUCAGAAGAAACCAAUUUUUCUUCUCCACACCGCUUUGAUGAUACCGAAUGUUUCGGUUGCUCCGACGUUAGACGAAAUACAAGAAGUAUUAGUUUUAGCAGGAAAACACAUUUCCGGCCUGUCUAAAGGAGUCGCUCAAUGGAGUGGAGGGAAAACAUCAAGGGUAUGAAAUUAGUUGUAUACAGCUUAUUAAUCAGUUCGUAUUCGAAAUAUAGACAUUUUUAAUUCCGUUUUGGUGUCUUUAAAUUCCUAUUGAGUAAAAAAAAAAGUUUUUUGUUUGAACUGAAUAUGUCUAGAAGAUUCAAUGUACUCGCAAUCGAAGUUUGUACAUUAUUCUUUGAUUGACCAGGACAAGUCAGUUAA